GAGGAGAUGGGAUUUGCACCGGGCCGUGUGCCGCAAGCCAUGGUUCUCCAGUGAAACAGGUUGUACCUGUAGAAAAGGAUCCAGAAAACCCCUUUGAAGAGUAUGCUGAGACCGCGGAUCAGCAUGAGGCAAGUCAGCCGGAUGAACCUUCCGUGGAUGGUGGUGCAGAGCCGCCCCAAGCUGCAAGCCCUCCUGCCCAAGUUGAGAUGGUGACCCCUCCGCGCUUGGAAGAGCAGCCCGUCUUUGCUUGGACACCUAGUGAGAAGCCAGUGCGCACCAUCAAGAAGCAGCCCGGGAACCACACGGGCAAGAUGUAUGAAACGGCGCAGACCUGCAAGAACUGCAAGGAGCAGAAGGUUUUGGAGUGGAAGCGGGUUAAACCCCCAUCUGCCCAUGGAGCUCUUUGUGGUUGGUGUCGGCAGCGCACGCAGGAUGACUUUAGCAAAGCCCAGCUCGAAGCCAUUGCGGGGGAGAGCAAGGAUCUUCGUGCAGAAUGGAAAAGCCACGACCUUGAAGCCAGCGACAGGGCUGAGGCCACCAGGAAUGAAGAGUGUUUUGCGCUCGUGGUUCGUGAAACGCAUGUGGUUGAGCAGGGAUGGUGUGUCCAGCGCUACAGCACUAGCACGAACUAUGAGCAGUUCAGGGAAGAGUGUUUGCAUUCGUGGUGUGUGCAACGCUCACUGGCUCAAGGAUGGUUUGUCCAGCACUGCAGCACUAUGGCUCACUAUGAGCAGUUCAGGGAAGAGUGUUUGCACUCGUGGUGUGUGCAAGCUCACUGGCUAGCGGAUGGUGUGUCCAGCACUGCAGCACUAUGGUUCAGUAAGAGGAGUUCAGGCAAGAGUGGUUUCACUCGUGGUGUGCGCAAAGCGUACUGGCUAGCGGAUCCGCUUGCAUACCCCACGAUCACUGCAACCUGCUCAUUCGCAGCAAUGCCGCCCAAGAAGAAGCAGAAAAGGAAGAGGACCACGGAAGCAAGGAAGCUAGAGAGGCCAAAGAAGGUUCUGAAAGACGCCUUGGUAGCAUUCCGGACGGCUGCGGGAAACUCUGAGACUGUGGCUGAAACUCUCUGGGAGCUAUUGACUUCUGAGGAGCGAGCAGAUUUGUCAGUGCAUACGCAGGAAGCAUAUGAUGCAAGUUCCGCAGCUGGCUUAAGCAAAGUGGUGAAGCAGGUUGCGCGCUACGCGGAGGGAACCAGUGAUGCAUCAAGCGCUGCCCGGCGGGUGCUGGCACAAGCUGGCAAGGAUGUCUUUAAGAAGAAGAAGAGAACGGAAAAAGCCCUAGGUUUCAAAUUUGGCAGAAAAUUGUGGUCCAAAGUGUGCAAUAAAGCUGGUGGUCAGAAGCGAGGACGCAAGAGCAUUGUCAAGGACCCGUCAAACAUACAAAAAGUCCGUGAAUUCCUUCUUGCAAACUCGCAGAUAUCUUCCCACUAUCGUAAAAUUGGGCAUGAGCUGGUCCAAUGUCGCGCCCUCACACGCUCAAAAAGCAAGCUGUGGAAAUUGAAUCAGGGUAUGCAGGAUUUGAUGAGCCUCACGUCGUGGCUGCGGCAUUUGAAAGUUGAGCACCCUCAGUUCACAAAGUUCAAAAAGAAAGUGGACAUGUGCCCUAUUUGCCACAAGUACGACAAGCUGGUCGUGCCACGUGUGAAUCAAUAUGUGGAAGGCGCUUUCCACCAGGUCAGAGCACUGGACGCGACCUAUUUUGAAAAUUUGGACAAUCACUGGAAUUCGUUAGAGGCUGCAGGGAAAACUGACCCUGAAGGCAAGACUGGCUUGCAAUUUGUACGAGGCGCAGUCAACUACAUUGAGAAGAAAAUGGAUGCACGAAGACUGAAGACAACACCAUCUGGAAAGGGAGUGCGACAGCAUUUGAAUGCGCUCCGGGAGGCAGAGAUUAAGGCUUUGCUGCAGCGAAGGCUGCAAGCACAAAAAUACGCCAAAGUGGGCAUCACCGCUCGGCGCCAAACGGAGCUGCAACGCAUCCUCGCAGAAGAGAAGCAGCGAGCUAAGCGCUCCCAAAAGGCUCGCAGAGAACGUGCGCAUUUCAAGGCCUCUGAGUCUUCCACUGCUUGCUUUGAUUGGCCUUCUGCUAGUCGCGCUUACGGUACGGCCCAGAACUUUGCAAAUGCCUUGGCAUUGCACCCGCCCGCCC